AUGGAUAACAAACACUGUUCUUCCAGGUCUGUCAGCAAUGGAAUUCUUGCAGUAGAGUUUGGAAACUUCUUGAACAACAGUAUAAAUGAGAGCUCAGACUCCAGAUGCUACAGUUGUUUAGAUGCACACUUCUACGAUGACGAAACCGUCACUGUAGUUUUGAAGGAGAGUGUGGAACAAGAAGGCAAAGAGAGAGUCUUGGCCCAGCUGCCUUUAUCUUCAGUCUACACAGAUGAGGAUCAAGAUAGGGAAUUCAUCUGGGAUUCUACUAAAAGGCUGGAUGAGCAAAGCGGUGAGAUACCCACGCGUGCUGUCGUCUUGGAGAAUCAGUGGAGGGUGCUGGAGAACAUGAAAGCUCAGUACGUCGCUGUAAAUGGCAUUAGAAAAGUGUCCUGUGUGCUGAGUUCAAACCUCCGUCACGUGAGGGUGUUUGAGAUGGAUGUAGAGGAUGACGGGGAAGCUGAGGAAGAGGAAGAAGAAGAAACAACUCAGAUUGCUGCUGAGGAGCCUGAGGAGCUGAAUCAGUCUGCAGAUAACCAGGACAAUGUGUGUGACGCAGCGGCUGAAGAACUACCUGAUGAAACUGAAGAACAAGAAUCAAGUCUGGAGCCUUGACAUAGGCUUUUGUACUGGUAACGGGAUGAGACUGUGAUCUAACUUCAGGCUCAAGCUGCUGUGGAAGGAUGUUGUGGGUCGGAAUUCCAUAUUGCUUCUCGGCUAAGACUGUCUGUCUUCCAGAGUAUUUUGAUCCUUUUUUGUCUGGCACAUGGUUUGGUAUGAACUACAUUUCCUUGAGAACUUUUCCGUUUGCGAUUUUUUAUAGGUGCGGAGAAAAAGAAAUACCAACUGACUUUUUUUUGUAGCUAACAUGUUCAGUCCUGAAUACUGUUAUUACCAUAAAAUGAACUUGUAUGUGAAAACAACAAAA